CGAUGUUUAAAUAUAUUUCCGUUUUCUUUUUGCUUUGGGUGAUGCACCAGACAUGGAGCAAAAACAAACUAGUGUGGUGAAGACCCCUCGCAACAGUGAUGGAGCUCAGAGGAGCAGUUACCGGCAGUCGUACCGCAGCUAUGUAGGAGCCGUUUCACGCCUUGGCUUGACCUCAGCAUUGACAGCACGGCGGCUCAACACCAGCAGAAGAGCUCCAAGGGCACACAAUAUCACUGAUAAGGUGAGUCCCGAACACCUGGCCGUACUGGUGAAAAAAGAGUGGCAGCUGUCCUAUGUUACUCCACUGUUCCAGUUCAGACACACACAGCUGAAGCGCUAUUCCCAGCAGCUUUCAGCUUUUAUCGCUGCAGAAAGGCAAGGCGUGGCAGUAGAGGUGGAGGAACCACAACACAGCUUUAAAGCCUCCUUCUCUGUGGUGCAUGGGAUGGCGGAGGCGGAAGAAGAUGCUGAGACCAUCCUCAUACAGGUCCAUUCAAAGCAUCAUUUCAGCAGACGGGACGACCCUGAGAAAUGUGUGUGGAGCGGGUGGCUGGCCUGCAUUAACGGCAGUCCAGAAUACAUCCGCUCCCUACCCAAGGACUUCAUCUGCCUCCCACUUUUUGGCAGCAGUGGAGGCGACCCCCUCACCUCUUCGGUUAAAUCCUGGUUCCAGCAGACCUUCGACUGCUGCUUUGGCUCCCUGGAAAUCAACCACACAAGUUUACAAUGGCUGGGGUCAUUAUGGACAAACUGCCAACCCGAGUCCAACAUCCAGCACCUCAAAAUGAUUUGGGCUGUACCGGUUGUGCCGCCGCUGCAGAUCACGUACACAGUGAACCCUCAGGACGCCUGGGAACUUUGGACCUGCGUGAGGAAAGACGCACAGGUGGAGAAAGAGGGAGAGGAGGAGGAGGAGGAAGAGGAAGAGGGGAUUAUCGAUAUUGAGGAGGUGAAUAUGUUCAUGCAGGAGCUGAAGAGUCACUUCUACAGACACUUCAAGCUGGAUCUGUCAGCGGGAAACUUGGUCCAGGUCUCAACAGCGCUCGGCUCUGCCAAGACAAGCGGAAGGAUUAAGAUCUCCAACAGCAGAUACAUGAUCUCCACCCUGACACUGCUGACGGAGUGUGCUCUUCUCAAAAUGCCCGUUUGAGGACAACGCAUCUUUUUUUUACAAAUCCAAACUUGUUCCAUAAACCCCUUUUGGAAGUGUGAAAUCGAAUAUCUUUUUGACAAUAUGUCUAUUUUUUUUCAUAUGUCAUUUUUGCUUUUCGCUUUUCCACAGUAAUAAUGUUUGUGGUGUACAACCAAACCCUCUCAUGUCUUGUCUCUUUUUGUACAUAAUGCUCAUUAUCUACAUUUUUGUCCUAGUAAAAUACUUAAAUUUUUUCAGUGCUGCAUAAUAAACUGA